CCUCCUGUUAGAGUGGUGCAGCUUCCUGUUGAGAGUCUCCUGAGAGGAGGGUGAGGUCCGAGGCAGUGAGGAGCUCUGUAACGGGACUGUGAGGAUGAAAAUGAGGCUGCUGUCUGUGAUCCUGCUGCACGGUGUGUGUGUGCUGCUGCUGUCUGCACCGAUUGUUUCUAAAGUCUCUCUGAGUGUAACUCCAGAUCGCAAGCAGUUCUUCAGUCGUGGUGCUCUGGUGAUUCUGACUUGUGAUGAUGAUGAUGAACAGAGAGUUGAUGGAUGGACAGUGAAGAGGACCAGAGCAGGACUCACUGAGAGGUGUGGAGCAGCUGCAGGCCUUGUUCUUAAAAAUUCUCUGUGUCAACUCAUAUUGAUUAACCCCUCUGAUGGAGCUUACUUCUGUGAAAGCUCAUCUGGACAGCGUAGUGAUGAAGUCAACAUCAUUAUUUCAGCUGGUUCCCUGAUCCUGGACAUCCCUUCAUCUCCUGUGUGGACAGGAAGUAAUGUGACUCUGCUCUGUCAAUCCAGAGAGGGUAAACCGGGGAAGUCUUAUUUCUAUAAAGAUGGUGCUAUGAUUGGACCUGAUCCCAAAGAAAAUUUGACUCUCACUAACGUUCAAAAGUCUGAUGAAGGUCUCUACUCGUGCUCAACUGAUGAUCAUCCACAUUCUCAUGAAAGCAGACUGACAGUCAGAGAUCCUCCUCCUUCUGUAAUAGCUUCUACUACUACUACCACCUGUAAACCAGCCACUCGUCCUCUUCGUCCUCGUCCUCGUCGUCCCCGUCCUCGUCGUCCUACUCCACCUACUCGUCGUCCUCCUCCUCCUCGUCCUUCUCCUCGUCAUCGUCCUCCUCCUCGUCAUCGUCCUCCUCGACCUCCUCGUCGUCAUCGUCGUCCUCCUCCUCCACCUACUCGUCCUCCUCCUCGUCCUCCUAAUCGUCCUCCUCCACCUACUCGUCCUCCUCCUCGUCCUCCUAAUCGUCCUCCUCCACCUACUCGUCCUCCUCCUCGUCCUCCUAAUCGUCCUCCUCCGCCUACUCGUCCUCCUCCUCCUCCUCGUCCUCGUCCACGUGUGAUCAGGUCCCACUCCUUCGGCCCUCCUCUGACUGCCUCCAUCAUGUAA